AUGAGACCUAUAGUUGAAUUAGACGAAAUGGAUAUUAUUUGCAAGAUAUUCGAGAGAUAUACUGCAAGAGUGUUGGGCAAAGGAAUUGCCAUAAGAAUUUUUGGAAUAAUUAAGUGCAAGCAACUUAUUCUAAAAGCUUAUAACUCACCUGUCUAUAGAUGCCGCUUAAAAAAUGAAUUUAAUAACAAUUCAGAAAGUUACGGUACACAAGAGCUACACAGUAAGUAUCGUGCAGAGCAAUCUCAGUUUGCGAAUUUUUACAUCGCUAUCAUUCUGCGAUGCUUAUCAGUGAUAGGUGAUUCUCGUGAAUUAAAACUACCGAACAUUUCAGCAGUAUUCCAAAUGUUCUAG